UCAUCUAUGUUCUCGUGUGAGUUAUAAGAACGACCCCGUCGGCCUCAUUCGCUUCUCUUGCAGCAAAUAGCAGUGCGGCUCUUAGAUCUGUACCUCACCACAACCUCCACCAUCAUCAAGGGCCUCUAAUUUCAACAAACAAGCACAAUGUCAGGAGAAGAAGAAGUUGUUGUUGCUGCUGAGCCUGCUGCUGCUGCUGCUGUUCCAGCUCUAGGUGAGCCCAUGGACCUUUUGACAGCAUUGCAACUUGUGCUGAGAAAGUCGUUGGCUCAUGGUGGGCUCACACGUGGACUCCACGAAGGUGCAAAGGUCAUCGAGAAGCACGCUGCACAGCUCUGUGUGUUAGCUGAGGACUGUGAUCAGGCCGAUUAUGUCAAGCUGGUCAAGGCGCUAUGUGCUGACCAUAAUGUUAAAUUGAUAUCAAUUCCUAGUGCUAAAACUCUUGGAGAAUGGUCUGGUCUUUGUAAGAUUGAUUCAGAGGGAAAGGCUAGAAAGGUUGUUGGUUGCUCUUGCGUUGUUGUGAAGGAUUAUGGGGAAGAUACAGAAGGCCUUCAUGUUGUUCAGGAGUACGUGAAGUCCCAUUAAACUAGAAGAUAUUGGAGAGUCAGCCCCAUUUUGAUUUGGGGGUGAUGUUCUUUAGGUAGUCUAAGCCUUUUUUAAUAUUGGUUAUGAUAUCAUCAGUGGCAUGUCCAAACUUAUAGAAGUGGAAUUGAGUAACUGUGGUCGCUGAUUUUCGGAACAUGAUGAUUUGUUUGUCUUAACCUAUCCUUGAAUUGAAAUGAAGUAAUUUUUGGUGUGGUUUCAUUA